AUGCUUUCUUCUUCUAUCGUCGCACUCGCUUUGAGCUUUGGGGUUGCUGCAGCUCCACCUACCACCAACUACGUCAACUGGAAGACAUUCAAAGCAAACGGUGUCAACCUCGGAGGCUGGCUCGUCCAAGAGUCGACUAUCGAUACCGCAUUCUGGAGCCAGUACUCUGGCGGUGCUCCUGAUGAAUGGGGUCUCUGCGUCAAUCUCGGGUCUCAAUGCGGUCCUGUGCUAGAAAAGAGAUAUGCCUCCUGGAUCUCCACAUCGGAUAUCGACAAACUUGCGGCAGCCAACAUGACCCUUUUGCGUAUCCCGACCACAUAUGCCGCCUGGGUCAAAGUACCUGGCAGUCAGUUGUACUCUGGCAACCAGCUUUCUUUCCUCAAGACCAUCUCGAGCUAUGCAAUCAACAAGUACAACAUGCAUGUCAUCAUCGAUAUCCACUCUCUUCCUGGCGGCGUGAACGGUAUGGCUUUUGGAGAAAAGGAAGGCAAUUAUGGCUGGUUUAACAAUGCCACUGCAUUGAAUUACUCCUAUCAAGCUGUGGAUGCCGCUAUCAACUUUAUCCAAAACUCAGGCUUCCCUUCACACUUUACCCUCGAGCCCAUCAAUGAACCCGUCGACAACAAGAACAUUCAAUUCUUUGGCACGCCGCUCGCACUCUCUGAUAAUGGUGCAGCAUGGGUGACUUCAUACAUCAAAGGCGUCCUUUCCCGUGUCUCUGCCGUCAACUCCAAGAUCCCCGUGAUGCUUCAAGAUGGCUUCAAGGGCGAAGCUUACUUCUCGCCUUCCUUCGGCGCGACGGCCAACCUAGUGUUUGAUAUCCACAACUACUAUUUCGCCGGCAGAGGUGCCACUUCAGCUAAUGAAGCCGGAAUCAUCUGUUCGGAUGCUAAGACUUCUGCUGGUGAUGGCAAAUUCCCUACUUUUGUUGGUGAAUGGAGCAUUCAAGCGGAACUCAACAAUACUUUUGCACUCCGGGAGAAGAACCUGCUUACUGGACUGUAUGCGUUUGGAAAGUAUACUUCUGGCUCCGCAUACUGGACUGCUAAAUUCUUGGGUACCGCUAAAGUCGAUGGUGAGGGGACUCAGCAGGACUACUGGAACUACAGCACCUUUGUCGAUCUUGGAUACACGAAGAAUGUUCAGAGAGGCUCUGCGUACUGCCCUUGA